ACUAAACCAACACAAACCAUUAGCAAAUGCAGAAGGGAAUUCGGCUGAAAUUCAGCAAUGAGCCACGAGGCUGACGAAGAAGUAAAGCCUGGUGACUCUGCGUCAGCCACUGGGGAUGUAGAUGAAAAGGAUGAAAGAGCUGAAAGGCCAGAGAAUCCUGAGAAUCCUGAAAAGGAAAAAGAGGAUGGAGGUUCAAGUGCCACUGGCAGCGUCGUGCAUAAGCCCAAGCGAAGAGAAGCGUGGACUGGUGAGGCAUGGUCCAUUGACGAUGGCCUCGUUCUCAACAUGCCUCUCUUCAAGGGCUGCAGCAUCGAGUUCAAACGACUCUUGCUGCGAGCCAUCCGCGAAUGGGAAUAUCACGAUGCUGGAAAGGAGACGUGGUAUGACCCGGACUACGAUGAGAUCUGCACUCUGGAGAAGUUGCCCAAAGAUCGGCUGCCUCCAUUGCACAAGCCCUUCAUUGGCAUGAAACUCGAACCUGGAGAGUACAUUUGCCGCGGAGGUGAUUACGAUGACAAGCUUGUUGUCAUCAUUCGUGGCACUGUUGAGAAACUCGUAGGAGAUGCCCCGCAGGGUGGGCUUUGCAUCGUGCGAACACUGAAGCGUGGCGAUUGCGAGGGCAUCACGGAGUUUCUGGGUGUGGGCUCGGAGCAACGCACCUGCGCGCUGCGGGCUGGCCCCGAGGGCGCCCGGGUGCGCUUCGUGCAGCGUCAGGCCUUGACUGAACUGUUGCAAGAGACGGUCAUUGACGAGAACGCGGAACAACCUGAGGAUCCGGAUGACCCUCCUGUCACGAGACUGAAGUGGACCUUUGAGGUUUCCUACUUCAAUGAGCUCUCCUUGGAUCGAAUCGAUUCCUUGAAUCACAAGGAAGCCAGGAACCUCUUGGUGUGGAAUCCGGGACCUGCUGACGGCCCAGACACGCCAUUGGAUUUCCUUCAGCUCCCAGGGCAGUCCAUUUUCAUGGUCGACAACGCCCUGGGAACCUCUGUUUCUGGCCCGCUGCCAGAAGGCAUAGAAGAACGGUACUACUUUGACCAGCAGACCAUUCUUCGGCCCGGACCACAAGGCGAUUGCGCCAUCCUCAUCCUUCGAGGGCAGGUACAGGCUCUUGUCCCGGAUGGUUGCGCAGGCAACUGCUUAUUCCGUGGCUGGCAAGCAGACGAGGAAGAUGAAGGGAGGUCCUGGCUAGGCGAUGGACGGGAUGGCAGCACCGGCAAUCAGUCGGAUUCGCCCUUGGCGAAGCUGGCCCCAAAGGUUCAGCAGGAAGAAGUUGAUGAGGACAAGGAGAAGGUCAGAAAGUACCUGAUGGAGCAGCCAGAUCGGACGGCUGAACAGGAGGUUGCGAUGGUCGCUUUGGUGCUUCCUCAAAACAUCAAGAAAGCCAUGGCUCAUUUGAGGAAGGCUGCUGAGGACGGUGAGCUCGACCUCAGCAAUAUGAAGACCACAGACUGGCGCUGGCUUUGGGGAGAUCAUCAAGUCCUGGUGGUGUUCGAUGUCCUCGAGAGAGCUAAGCUGCUGAGUCCUUUCGGACUGCAGCUGGCUGAACAGGUGCGACUCUUCCUGAAUCCACCUGAAGAAGAGCCACCGCCAGAGCCACAAGCAGUGCUGGGGCCUGGCAUGCAGCUUGGGCGCUUGGCGCUGUUGGGCGUGCCCAUCGUGCUGUCUGGUGUGGUUAGAGCCAAAGGACCCGU